GAAGACAAGCUGUCUGGUCAUACUGUGCUGUCCGCAUGCCGUGUGCCACAUUUGAGAUUCAACGGUACAUACUGUACCACUCAGUCCAGCGACGCCAGCGGCUCCAUACGGCAUAUGCACCUAGCCGAGCCAUCUCCAAGGUUGUUAACGCGAAGACGGCGUUGCGAUGGGAGCGGAGCAGUCUGCCCCUCGGGGCGGCGGCACCCAGGCUGCGGUUGCGCGCAAGACGUGCUACUACGAGCUGCUUGGAGUAGACCGCGAUGCGUCUGAUGAGGAGAUCCGACGUGCGUACAAGAAGAAAGCCCUGGAGCUCCAUCCAGACCGCAACCUCAACGACACCGAGAACGCAACGAGACGGUUUGCCGAAGUGCAGACUGCCUACGAGAUUCUCUCCGACCCCCAGGAGCGUGCUUGGUACGAUUCGCACCGCGAUGCCAUCCUCAGCGGUGAGGACAACGUCGCCGACGCCGGGCCUGCCGACCGGUCCGGGAGUGGCCACACGUCGGCCAAUGCGAUCUUCGCUCUGAUGAGCCGGUUCAAUUCGAGCGUGCCGAUGGAUGACAGCCAAAGAGGCUUCUUCGGGAUUCUCAACGCAUUCUUUGACCAGCUGGCUGCUGAAGAAACGGCUGCGUGCGAGCGGGCGGGGCUCGCCCCGACGGAAUAUCCCCCAUUUGGCCAGGCCAAGGACGAUUACAACGCCGUGGCCAAGCCGUUCUACAAUGUGUGGUCGAGUUUCUCAACCAAGAAGACGUUCAGCUGGAGGGACAAGUACCGUCUGCAGGACGCCCCGGACCGUCAGAUCCGCCGCCUGAUGCAGAAGGAGAACCAGAAAUUCCGCGACGAGGGUAUCAGGGAAUUCAACGAUGCCGUCCGGUCGCUGGUGGCCUUCGUCAAGAAGCGAGAUCCUCGCUACGUGCCCAGCAAGCAGUCUGAGGCGGAGAGGCAGCAGGCGCUGCGGAACUCCACCGCCGCCCAGGCCGCACGGUCACGGGCUGCUAACCAAGAAAAGCUGGCUGACUAUGUUCUGCCGGAAUGGGCACAGUCACGGGAUAAGGAGGACUACGACGGCGAGUUCUCGGAAUCAGAAGAAGAGGAUGAAGUGGAGGAGAUUGAAUGCGUGGUGUGCAACAAAACCUUCAAAAGUGAGAACCAGUUCGAAGCUCACGAAAAGAGCAAGAAACACCUCAAGGCGGUGCAGCAGCUCCAAAGGCAAAUGAAGAAGGAGAACGCGUUUCUCGACCUCGAGGAGUCGGUACCCGAUAGUUCACCAUCGGCAGCAACCCGUGACGGACCGGGAGGCGAAGAGGACGGUACAGCCGAGGAUGAAACAGCCGCUCGCCAAAAGCAACGCGACGUGGAAGAAAGGGAGAGCGAGCCACUUGCAAGUGGGGAUGAUAUCACGGAUCAAGGCACACCAUCUCAAUCCGACACCGAGGACGAUGAUUAUGCACCGCGUUCAGCGGUUGAGGAGCGCAUCUUAAACGGGAUGCGAAAAGGAACGGCGUCGCCGAACGCAGAAUCCAGCACGUCAGACAUUAUGGGCUCUGUGGCGGCUAGUCUGGACGGCGUCACACUAGUCGACGAGAAGGAGACGGAAAAAAAGGUCGGCAAAGCCAAACUGAAACGGGAGAAAAAGGCUGCCCGCGCGGCCGCCGAGGCCCAGGCGUCUGCUUCCCAUAAAUGCGCCGUGUGUCAGGAGACCUUCGCGUCCCGGACUAAGCUGUUUGCCCACAUCAAGGCGAAUCCCGAGCACGCCGCGCCUGUCCCUGUCUCCAACGCCAAGAUAGGCAAAAAGAAGCGCCGAUGAUGGGGCUUGUUAAUGGCGUAGCUCUUUGGCACGUUUCCGUUUCACGCCACUGAGAAACGCGCUGAAAGCAGUCCAAUACACCGUCAUGCUCACAAAGCUGCUAUGGUAUCGUAUACAACCUUAGCAUCCUGGCGCAUGAGGGAGCGGAAGGGGGCUGGACGAGCGAUG